UAUCAGAAAACGUAUAGAUCGAUUGCUGUUUCCUUUUUUUUGGAAAAUCGUGUAAGCGGACAAUCGGAUGUCCGGAAAUGGUUUAAUUACAUCAUUUUAAGAACAUUUAAUUGUUUUGUACGAUUAUUAUUUUUAACCGUUAUAACGUAUUAAUAAAAUGGCGCAAAAUCAUCGUGUUAAUUAUUAUACAAAUCCAGCAUUUUGUCAACAGAGUGAAUAUUAUCCAGAACCGCCACCAAAACCAAAUUUGGUGCGAUGUUCCUCAAUGCGAGAAGCACCAAUUGGUGCAAAUUCAUCUCCGCAAAAAUUUGAACGUUAUUCAAGUAUGCGAAAUUAUAAUAAAAAUCGUUAUGAACCUCCACCAAUGGAUGAAAAUGAAUUAAAAAUUAACCAACAAGUUAUCAACGAAUUAAAAAUGGAAGAAAUGAAUAUUUCAAGAAAUCGUUACGCUUAUAUACCAGAUACUAAUAAAAGUCGUACAAUAUCACCCCCACCUGUUUAUCAAGAACAAUCGAGUGGGCGUAGAGUGCAUCGAUAUGCAACAAUACCCACAGACGAGGAAGAUGAAGAGGAAGAAGAAGACGAGGAGGAAAAUUGCGAAGAACAAAUCCAAAUACGUGGAAUGUCACCAAAUCGAGUCCACUAUAAUAAUCGUCAAAAAAUUUCAACAAAUAUCGAUAUAGUAGAUCAUAAUGGAAAUACUCCACCGAAAAAUCGACCGAUUCCAGCACCUCGAACAAUAAUAUCACCACGAAAUACACCAAAUAAUAGCAUAACAUCGCCAGUCACACCAAAAAAAUAUAAUCCAAUUGCUACACAAAAAUUGCAUGAGUUGUUAUCAACACCCAGGAAAACACCACAGCGAUCGAAUAACGUUAUGAUAACACCGCAAAAACACCAAAUGUCACCACCGAUGCAAGCAUCGACACCAAAGCGUAUUAAAUCACCCCCACCAAGCUAUCCAACUAGUCCUAUCCGUACUCAAGCACCAUUGCAACAAGCACCGUACUAUGUUUCUCCUCCGUCACACUAUCCCCCGCCAAAUUAUCCAAAAACGAGGCAUAAUGGUACGCCAAUGAUGUUAUCUCCAAAGGCACAACAGAAGCUACAGUACACCUUACCAUCCCCGCAUCACAACGGACGGUAUAAUUUAACAGUGAAUCCAAUGGAAAAUCAACGAAAUACUGCAAUUAUUCAACCAAUUCGAAGUCGAAGUCCACCGCCACAAAGUGUUUACAGUGAAACUACGUUAUCAGCAUCAAAAUCUAGUUCGUGGAUGAAUUUAAGUCAAAAACUGAAAGACAAUUCAAAUGCAACAUUAGCUGUUGCAGCCUUAAUGAUGAUAUUGUGCGGGGCAUUAACGUCGGGAUUUGGGUUUUAUAUGAUUUCAUUAAUUGGACGUCGAUAUUAUUUAGACUUUGCGCUGGUGUCAGGAUUUACGUGUUUUAUUUUAGGUUUACUUGGGUUUCGGACACGUACAUGUCGAUGGUUACCGAAUCGAAAUUACAUAUCCGGUUAUAUCGUAUUAAGUGUAUUCAGUUUAUUAACAUGUGCCGGUCUAUUGGUGUUACUUGGUUUACGCCCAAAACCGGGAACUCCACUAGCUGAUGUUACAUCCGGAGCUGUAUGUGGUAUAUCCGCUUUAUCAUUGUUGUUAGCAUCGUUAGGGGUGUUAACAUCUUAUUGUUGUAAAUAUCCACCACCGGAUAAUCGAGUCGAACAUUGUGCACCAGGAUUUACUGUUUAAUUACUUUUUAAGACAGUCUUCAAAAAAAUUACUGAAAAAAUUGAGAUUUAUGUCUGUUUGGGAAUUAUAUAUAAACUGUGCCCCAUUCUUAGCCACCAUUUAAUGAGAUGAAUCUUGUAGGGUUAACUAGAUACAUAAACCUUUUUUCUGCAUCUAUUUAAGGUAUUUUGAUAAAUGAUUCGAAAUUUCAUUGAUCAAUUAAUCAUUUUUUUAUACGUCUUUUGUGAAGAAUUCAUAUCGAUUCUCUGAACGGAACGAUUCGGAAAUGCUAUAAAAAAGCAUUUGGAAAACUUUGAAAACUGAUCCUCGGUUCCUUUUACUUGCUUUGUUCAAAAAUCUACAGAUACAAAUCUUUGAAGAUUGUAUAAAUCUCGAAGUUAAAGCUUCGAUUACAUAUACGACAAACAUCACUCGACGAACACCGAACAACAUCGCAAAAUGAAUGGAUUGAAUUUAUUUGUCAUAUGUGCCUUAGAUUUAAGCUGUGGAACAUCAAACAACAACGAAGAAUGACAAGUAUCAAACAGGGAAUUCAAGAGGCAAAGUGACUUGAUUAUAAUCAUUCGUCUUCAUCAUUUUAUACUGUUUGGUACUUGCCUAUCUUAGCUUUUGUGUGAUGUUCGCCUUCGUAUUUGUUGUUAUCAUAUUUUAUUUGUA